GGGUAAGAGAGGUCCAGGCAUGGAGAGGGCGCAGUACCGCGCUAUCCUCCGUAUCGUUGACACGUCGAGCGGAAAGAGUGCGGCGUAAGAGAGAGAGAGAGAGAGAAAGAGAGAGGAGAGACGAGGAGAGAAGAAAAAGAGGAGAGAGAGAGAGAGAGAGAGAGAGUGAGAUAGAGAAAGAGAGAGGGAGAAGGACGGUCGCGCGGUUUCGCGUCUCGCGUUCGCUCAUCAAUCGACGAUUUGCUCGAAUCGGAGCACGCGAGGAAUCCGCUCUUCCGCUCCGGUUACGGUGUACGUGGAGAACAUCCGGUCUGCGGACGUUCGACGCGGCCUCGCGUUACCGCGCGUCAGUGACGCAUUGACUCUCUUCAACGAUACGGUGACGUAUCGAUGAUCGAUCGGGAUCGCGAACGGCCGUGAGAAAUUUUGCGUUGCGUGUCACGUGGUGAACGUUAGUACCUCGCGAGUGUGAUCAGUGAAAUUGUCUCGUGUGCCUGCCGCGAAGAAAACCGUCGAGGACGAUGCUGACGACGUUCUUGUUCGCCGUCCUGGCCGUCGCGGCGCCGAGGAUCCGCGCCAGCCAGGUGACCAUGGACGCCAAGAUUCGAGACGACUCCGAUUUGUCUCAGUUUUACCAGCUCCUGGAAGCCAGUCAGGUGGCCAACACUACGCUCAUGUACCGCCACGUGACCGUAUUUGCGCCCACUAAUCGAGCGUUCCAGAAGUACAAUGGGAGCACGAAGAAUUUGGUUCUCUACCAUAUAUCGAACCGGCCUCUGACGAUCGAGGAACUCAGGGAUUCGAUAUCCUCCGAGCUGGACGGCAACCCACCCCUAUGGAUCACCAGGAUACCGACCACGCACGGUGUGGAGGUCUACAUCAACAAUGCAAAGAUCCUCUUGGAGCAGAGCAACUUCCAAUCGAAGCUGAAGGUCAACGGCGACACUUUGACUCAGGUCCUGCACAUCAUAAACGAAGUGCUGGAGCCGGUGCGAUCCAAUUCGGCGGAGUCGCCAAUCUACAACCCCACUGCCUUUCAGUUCUUGAACCAGAGCGAAAAUCUCAAUUUGGGCGAUCACCGUGUACGUACCUUCCGACAGCGGAUCGUCAUCGAGAAGAAGGAGGCGAUCUUCAAGGCCCAGGGACGUUAUACCUUCUUCAUCCCCGUUGACGAGGGUUUCAAGCCGGAACCUAGGCCGCAGAAGAUCGACCAGCUGGUGAUCGACGGCCACGUCAUACCCAACCACGUCCUCUUCACCGCGCCAACGCAGGACAACAAGCAGCAUGAGACCCUCGUAUUCUCCGACAACCUGAAGGUCACCGUCAGCUUCCUGAAGGCGCACAAUAAAGUCUACGUCAAAUCGAAUACACUGGUGGGCGACUCGAACCAUCCGACCGGAGUGGUGCUGGCAGAAAUAGUGAAGGCGAACAUCCCGGUGCGCAACGGCGUGGUUCAUCUGAUACAACGGCCGCUCAUGGUCGUCGACACUACCGUGAGGGAUUUCCUGGAGGUCAGUGACCAAUCGUUUUAUCAUUAACGCGAUUUCCAUGAGGUGUUACUCGAGUCUGCCAACGCUCGUCGAUGUGUCGGUUCUAUAUCCCGUUUGGGGUAUUUCAAUCGUGCUCAAUUCACACCGACCGACACGUACGUGUCUGUCUGCUCUGUCUAUGUGAGCGCGUGGUCAAUUUUCAAGCACGAAAAUUACAUUCCUUUUAAUCAGAAAUGUGAUAUUAAUUCGAUCGAUUUAUUUAUGGAAUCGCUCCCGCGGUGGGAUGAAUUUUAACGACCGUCAGCGCGUUAGUCGAUAAUAAUGUUUGACGCACGUUUAUUAAAUAUUGAGAAUAACGGAAAUAAUGCGAAAUCAGUCGGCUCAACCGAUCUCGCAGAAAGGUGAAUUAUGAUUCGAGCGCGAAGCGCGCCAUCGCGCCGCACCGUCGGCCUCGUCAUCGGCGUUAUUUGCGUUCGCGCUCGUGCUCGUUAAAGUUGAUUUACGUUGGAAAUAUGGCUGCAUUUCGUUAGGACGAAUUAUUAAAUGUUACCGUGCGACACGGAGCUCCGCUCCGACGCGGUGUUUAAAUGUUAAUGUGAAUUCGCGCGCCAACGGCGUUAAGACAGUUGUCGCCGUGAUAUCCGCUCGACGUUGAAGUUCAAAGUUGAAACGAUAUUGUGUGUGUAUGUCGAAACAAUAAUCUUCCCACCCAUUUGCCCUUCCCCCCCCCCUC